CACAGUAAGACAGGAAUGGAUUACGUCGGCUGUCAUUAGUAUUUACAUCACUGCUCGUGUGUCGAAAAAAAAAGACUUUGAAGGAGCUUUUGGGACAGUUCCUCAAACUUCCGGACGCAUUUUUAGCGUACUUCAAUAACCAAUCCGUCGUAAGCGGGAGGAGUCCCACCAGUGGACCUGAGGGACGGAUAGCAGGGUUUCACGAGUUCGGGGCAGCGUUUAACGGCUCCGAAGUGUCCGGGGACCGGCGGGGGGCUUACCGGGGCUGUCGACUCCGGUAAAAGCGAGCGACAUGCUCCCGUCUCAGAGAAUCUCGAGCCGCGAGAGAAGAGCGUUUCACUGGCGGACCGCCUCACCGUGGACCACGUGUGUGAGAGUGGCGUGUUGCAGUCGCCUGCGGUUCAUGUGGUUUGCUCUGAUGGUUCUGACUGUCCUCUGUGUAGCUCUGCAGAUGCUGGGAGUGGUCCGACAGGCCAGGAGCUCCAAAGUUUUGAAACUUGUUGGCGAGCAGCUGGUCCAAAUGCCUGCUGAAAUCCACAGGCCCAUGAAACACAAAGACUGGGAAAACCUCUGGUCUGUCUCAGCCGUCAUUGUUGAGGAGCCUGUAGACCAGCAUCCAUUCAUCCAGAAGAGAGAAAACAGAGGCAACAGGGAAGAAGAGGGAACAGACCAAAAUAAUCUUUCAAGCUCUACCAAAGCAGCUCCACCAAUAAAUGUGCAAAAACUCCAAGAGGUGGCUACAAACUUUCCAAACCAGCCACAGAAGCCAGUUUUCACCAAAAAACCACCGCGCUCUGAUGACAGCACUGAUAAACCUGCAGUAAAAUCACGUGCUGACAACAGUGUCACGUGUCAACCCAAAAAUCAUAUUGUCUUCCUGAAGACGCACAAGACUGCAAGCAGCACCAUUCUGAACAUCCUCUAUCGUUAUGGGGACAGUCAUAACCUGACCUUUGCCUUGCCGCUGAACAUGCACAGCCAGCUGUUUUACCCAGCAUUCUUUGCUACACAUUUUGUGGAGGGUGUCAGGACUCGCAGCGUGAAAGAGUUUCACAUCCUGUGCAAUCAUAUGAGAUUCAGCUCACCAGAGGUGAGGAAGCUGAUGCCUAAAGACACGUUCUAUUUUUCCAUUCUGCGGAAUCCUGUGGCGAUGAUGGAAUCUCUGUUUGUUUACUACAAAGCCAUUCCGGCAUUCCGUGUUUUUAAAAACCUGGAGGAGUUUCUUAUUCAGGAUGGGCGGAGCUACAAUGCUUCUCUGCCUAAUAACCACUAUGCACGUAACAUUUUGACCUUUGACUUCGGCCUGGACAACACGGUCCCUGAGAAUGACAUAGAGAUGGAAAAGCAUGCCUCCAAAAUCAUCGCUGCCGUGGAGCGCGACUUUCCGCUGAUCCUCAUCUCAGAGUAUUUCGACGAAUCGCUAGUUCUUCUAAAACACGCCCUCUGCUGGUCACUGGAUGAUGUUUCGUCUUUCCGCCUCAACAGUCGCAGUGAACGCUCUCGCAGGCCUUUGAGUCCACAGACGGCAGAGCGAGUCAAAAAGUGGAAUUCACUAGACUGGCGAUUGUACCAGCACUUUAAUGCCACUUUCUGGAAACGCAUUGACUCUACCAUCGGACGGACUGAGCUCCAAAAGGAAGUCGAAUUUUUGAGGGCAAAAAAGAAGGAGCUUGAGAGCAUGUGUUUACAGGGAGGAGGAGCUGUAGAUCCUGCGCAGGUCCAGGAUUCAUCGCUGAAGCCCUUUCAGUAUGGCGCAGCAGUUAUUCAAGGUUAUAACCUCCGGGUGGGGUUAGAUAAUGACACCCGUCAGCUUUGUCAGAGGUUGAUUACACCUGAACUACAGUACACUUCGGCUCUGUACACCAAGCAGUUCCCUCAGCUUGCAGCCGCACGAGCCGCUGCUGCUAAAAAGAUUGCGGCCUCCAGAAACAUUGCAGCCCACAGAGCUGUUAAGCGCAACAUUGAGACAAAUGCGCAUCCGGCAAUGGCAAACAAUACCUCACACAACAAUACAAAUACAGCUGAUGAACAUAGCUUACAUGUUUUAGCUAAUUCCAUUGGUCAUAGUGUAAGACAAGACAAUUUCGAUGUGCACAGUGUAACAAAACAGUAUAAAGAAAUGAAAAGAAACUUGCAUAAACAUACAACACCAAAACACUUUAUAAAGGCACAUGUACACAAGCAAACACAAGAAUCUGCUUUAUUGAGAUGAACGAAUGAAUGAAUCAGAGUUCAGUGAUAAUACAAAUGAGCUGUCAGAAAAGAAUGCUUUAAAGAGAUCUGAAGAUAAAAAGGUGUAUUGUCUAUAGUGUUGUGAUAUACGAAGCACGGCUCACAAAGAAGACACUCCCAAACCAAGAAGCUUUCUGUUGUUGAACGUGACAGAGUCAAGUAAUCACCUUGAACAUGAGCAAAGUCCUCAAGUCCUGAUCUCACAGAUUUCUUUUGCACUUAUGCACUGGCUCAUUUUAGUGAAUCUAAUGCUGAUUUUUGAACCAAUGACUCUUAUGGACAGGUUUGAUUCCAGGACAGAUGGCUCUUGUUUUUUUUUUUUUUUUGUGAAACAAAUGCAUUUACUAGUGUUGUGCAAAUCUCUUAAAAAACUAUUAAGUUAAGAGCUAGUUCUAUUUAUUGAAUCAAAUGCCCAUAGUGCAGCCAAUCUGAUUUAUGAAACAAUGACUCUUAUGAACUGGAUCUAAGUGAAUCAAAAGCAGACAUGACCCAUGUAGUCUGAUUACAGAACAGAUGGUUCAUGGUUCUUCUUCAUGGCAUUUCUUAAAACAAUUAGUACAAACUGCAAAACCUAGCUGAUAACCUGCAAAAGCACAUCACAUGCUUAAAAUGUAUAGUUCAUUCCUCAAAAGCAAGUAUUCAUGUCAAUCAAAGUGUCAGUUUCAUCAAAAUGAAAAGUCCUGACACCAUUGUUUAUGAACAAGAUAGUCAAAUGGCUCUGUCAUG